ACCAUCACCUCCUGACUCUGCAUCUAAUUACUUUCAUUUCACUCUUUCCAUGCCAAGCGGGGUCAGUUCUUGCUUCUUUAUACCCUAGCAGUUCCCUUCUAUGUAUUUCUAAAUCUGCCAUUCUCACCUUCUCACCUCCUUUUGACCUGCUCAUACAACGUCCGUCUAUACGCUGAAUCGACCUCCUCUCCCUUCUCACUAUAUCAACGUUUUCCAACCACAGGAACAUACCACCGAUCCAGGUAUCGCCCAUUUAUUCGUGGCAAGGCCCAGCAUGGAAAACUCGCCAUCUUGUAUCGAGUCACAACCAGACACGACGAGCUUCACUAAGCUGGAAGUUGAGGGCGCCGCCGACCAGAGCAACGGGAGGACAGUGACUGCCAACCGGCCCAAGGAUUGGUGCCCCCUAUUCGACCUUCUCAACUUCGACCUCCGUUGGCAGAUCUACCAACACGCCUUCGCCGGCCGCGUCGUGCACCUCUACCUCCUCUAUACCCGGACGCUGAAGUCGGAUUCGCGCUGGCGCAAAGCUCAUCAGCCCGUCGUGUCAUGGUAUCCGCAUUCCCCAGGCGGUCUGUCAACUCUCGACCUGCUCUCCGGCGAUCCGGACGCCAGCGCGGAGCAAGAGCAGUCUAGGCGCUGGCACUGGUGGGGUUGCGUCUGCCGCCUGGACGACGAGAUCUGCGUCGCACCGAGACGGCGCGGGAUGGAGAUGGGCCUCCCGGACCCUUGUCCCCAGGGUGUCUUCUUCCUAAGGUCGGGGUCGGAUCAACGAGACGCCACCUGUCUGGGGGUCAUGGGCUGGUUAACAAGCUGUCGUCAAGCGUACGAGGAGACAAUACAGCUACUCUACUCGAGCACCACGUUCAAACUGGAGCAGCGCCUCCAAGCCCUAUACUUCCCGCAGAUGCUACCCCAGCCGCAACGGAGCUGGCUAACGUCGCUGGACAUCCGAAUCACCGACUACGACGACUCCCUGCACGAAGCGAACAUGGUUGGUGCCACGGUCCCGACGCCGACCUCGCAAUCGACCAUCGAACUGAACGCGCUGGGCGGGCGGGAGCAGUACCGGCGCAUCCUGGCGUCGGCCGCGGCCUCUUUCCCCGGCCUGCGCCGGCUCCACCUCACCUUCGAGGGCUCGGUGCGUCCCAGCCCCGCGGGAGACUCGGACGACUCCUCCCAUUCGACAACCGGGCGCCUUGCGACGACGACGCUCGGGGAGAUGGAAGCAGACGAGUUGGAACCGGCCGUGCUGGGUCCCCUGGAUGCCCUCCCUGCUUCGGUGCAACGCCGCGUGGUGUUCUUCCGCUCUGUUUACGACGCUCUGCUGCAGGCGGCGCGGCAGAAGCAGCCGGUGGACGAAGAGCAGACGUGCGGAGGAGGGCCUGGGAGUUCCCGGGCGGGUUGGACCCGGUUUUGGAGGCGGCUGGAUCAGAAGGAGUGUGAGAGGGGCGGCUAUUGGAUCUACCUGCAUCGAUGAGUGCCUGCAUGGAUGAUUGGGAUGGGCCAUUUGGCCAUGUUGUGGGCAAUUCUUCGACUGUAUAUUGGCUCCGGGGUUUACAGGCCGCGGUAGUUAAUUUCACUGCUGGUCGGUGAUUUUGAUGGUGAGAGAGACUGGAUAAUGAGUGUUCCAGCAAACUGUGGUCGGUCUGUCUUGUUCAUGCGAGGAAGGGUGGCGUCUUUACCUAGUAUCGCAUCCCCCCUUUUCCGGGCGAUACCCUUGUUCAUACAUGAUACACCUUCAUAAUUGCUUCUUCUGUCUGAUUUUCUCUUCAUCAGUCAUCGCGUCGACAGGGCGAUAAAUCAUUGCUGUUUAUAUUUAUGCAACCUUAUUUGGUUCCGGCGAUUGUGGAUGAGACAUUCACUGGGAUCAAAAUGAUAUUCAGGCG